AUGCCGUGGGUACGGCGGCAGGGCAACCGCGCGCGGCGCGAUGGCUGUGCGAGGCCCGCAAGGCCGUGGCCACGCCCCGCCGCCGAGCAGCCAAUCGCCGACGGCGGAAGCCACGCAGCGGCCACGCCCACGGUGAAGCUAGCCGACAGUCUGCUUAAUGAGCUGCGAUUUGUUAAGUGUGCGCCUAUGACGUCAUCGGAGUUUGCUGGUGGGCCUGCGCAAGGUCUGAACGGCCUCGGCGCUUUCUACUACGACACACAUACGGCACAAUCCGCACCGACAGCAUAUUUUCAACAGCAAUCGGCUGGUUCCGCCGUUGGACCCACGCAAAGUUUUGCCAAUCCAUCAGCGGCUAAUACUCAGGAUCCGAGCCUUUGCUAUCCACAACAAUCGGUCGAUUGGACGACGUCAAACAACAAAGACGACAAAGAUGAGAAAAAAGACGGUGACGAAGAGAAACCCGGUGUUGCAGCUGUAUAUCCAUGGAUGACCCGGGUGCAUUCAAGCUCCGGUGAAGGAGGUUCGCGAGGUGAAAAACGGCAACGGACAGCAUACACAAGAAAUCAGGUCCUGGAACUCGAAAAGGAAUUUCAUUUCAAUAAGUACUUGACGAGGAAAAGACGAAUUGAAAUUGCACAUUCGUUAAUGCUCACAGAACGACAGGUCAAAAUAUGGUUCCAAAAUAGGCGGAUGAAACAUAAAAAAGAGAACAAGGACAAGCCUCUAACACCGCAAAUGAUGCCGUUUCCAACAGGACCACUGCCGUUUGCCCAUCUCGGUUUUCCGCGAAAUUUUCUUCUAUCCAAUCAGUUCUGAUUUCGCACUAGGUCAUAAUACCUUUCAAUAUUGAAUGCUAAUAUUUGCCAUAGGACUUAGCUCGUCCAUGGCGAAUGCUUGGCCUUGUCUAUUCUAUUUGCCCAUUUUGAGCCAUCAAAUGCUUCUGUGAAUCUUGUAUUACGCCCCCCUCCCCCUCCGUCUCAGAUUAGCUGAUUGUCAUCGUUUAGGCUUAAGAUCGCAGUUUUUUAGUUGCGACACGUGUACUCGCUUUUAUUUUGUACUAUUGUCAUUCCAUUGUGCUUAUACAGAAAGCUUUAAGUUUUUAUUCAUUGUAGAUUUACGAUUUUUAUUCAUUUUCAUUUUUUUCCCAUUCUAUCCCAUUUCUCAUUUCAUGUGUUCUUAGCCACCCACAGGGUUUGAUGUGAAACAAGGUGUAUUUUCCUCACUGAACAAGGUAAUUUCUCUCUUGCCCCGUCGAUACAAGGUAUUCUCCUUCUAAUCAAUUUCUAUACUUAUAACACAGGGUAUGUGCUUCCCGAAACUCGUGUGUGCAACUCGUGUUCCUUUACCUACAAGGUAUAUUUCCCUAUUUCUCUGUUUUACAUACUCGUGAUUAUCGAUUUUUCUUCAUUGACUGAAUUGUGUACUGUAAAAAGACUCUGUGUGUAUACUGUAACACUGCAAAUUCUGCAGUUGCGGCUACCCUCGUGAAAUUUUCGAUUAGGAGCAUUUUUGUCCACAUUUACUGUUGCCAAUCCGCUAUUUUCACUAUGUCUGUCCCUGUCCGCACGCCAUCCUUGCCACACCGAUUUUCUCUCUCAUUCAUCACAUUUCAGUUUUGUUUAUGUGAUUGUUCCCCAUGUCAUUUGCCAGUGUAAGAAAGAAU